AAAAAUGCUCCCUACAAAUGAAUAUGUAUUUGAAUUUUGGUAUGGUAAAUUAGUAACAUCGACGUGGGCGUUAAAAUAGGAAAGAAAAUAAAAGAGGAAAGGAAAUGGAGAAAGCAUAUAUACCCUGUCCUAAAUAGGCUGAAAUAGGGCGAGGGUGAGUUGUAAGUCGUAGGAUGUAAGAAGGUCAAGAAGGAGUCUCUACCAAUGCCAUGUGGCCGUCAAGCGCCUCCUCAGUGCGCAUUCACAAUUGGCAACAACGAGGCUUUCCCGCAUAUAUAAAUAAAAGGCAUGUUGAUUGUUAAGUAGGCCUGUAUCGAGUUCAGAGUGUUCGGACAUCAAAGCCUUCCCCAGAUUCACUUUUACGACGUCUACGAGAAUCAAUGGGAAUUUCCACAAGGAUACGUAUACCUCAUGGAAUCAUUCCUUGUGAUGUGGCAACAUUAGCUGGACAUACUGACGAGGUUGUUGUUUGUGCUUGGAAUCCAACAUGUUCUCUCCUUGCAUCCGGGUCUCAUGAUUCUACUGCUAGGAUUUGGACUAUUGUUGAUGGAGCUUGUAACUCUACUCUACAAGAUGUUGUUGUGUUAACACAUGCAGGAGCCAUGACUGUUGAGGAUAAUGGCUUUGCUGCAAUCUGUGAACUUGAUUGGAAAGGGGAUGGGACUCUGCUGGCAACGGGUUCUUGUACUGGGGAAACAAGAAUAUGGACUCCAAAUGGAGCAUUGGUGGCUUCUUUUGAGGAAGAUAUGGGACACAUUGUUUCUCUACAAUGGAACCAGAUGGGUAAUAGUCUUUUAAGCUGUGGUUCAGAUAAAGUCAUUGUGUGGGACAUAAACACUGUUGGAUCACGACAAGAAUUUAGCUUUCAUUCUGCUCGAAUUCUUGAUGCUGAUUGGCGAAACAAUAUUUCAUUCGCAACAUGCUCUGCUGACAGGAAGAUACAUGUUUGUGAAGUUGGCCUGAACCGUCCUUAUAAAACUUUCUUGGGGCAUCGGGCAGAAAUUAAUGGUAUCCGGUGGAGUCCAACAGGCGCUUUAUUGGCUUCAUGCUCUGAUGAUACCUCCAUAAAGAUAUGGAGUAUGAAUCACAAUUCGUUUGUGCGCGAUUUGAAGAGUCACAAGAGGGAGGUAUACUGUAUUGAAUGGAGUCCUACUGGGCCUACGACAGAUAACCCGAAUCUGACACUACUACUGGCUAGUUCAUCUUUUGAUAACACCAUAAAUGUAUGGGAUGUGGAGCGAGGGAACCCUAUAUAUGGCCUGACUCGCCACAGGAAUAUCAUAUAUACAAUUGAAUUUAGCCCCAAUGGGGAGUACUUGGCAAGUGGCUCUUUAGACAACUGGCUCUAUGUCUGGUCGGUGAAAGAGGGAAGGCUUAUCAAAUCGUACUAUGGAGGUGGUGGAGUUACAGACAUCAGUUGGAACAAGAGUAGUGACAAAAUUGCUGUUUCUUUUGUCAACAAAUUAGUUUGUGUUUUGGAUAUUAAAAUGUAAGGCUUGGAAGAUUUUCAGUUGUAUCUCAUAAAAAUGUUUUCUGUGAACCAUUUCACCUGUGUUCUAUUGUAACAUUAACUGGGGGAAUGAUGGCACCAUUAGUGUCAGUUGGAACAGUGAAGGUGAUAAGACUGCCACCCCUUUCUCUGAGACUUCAUUUGUGUAUUGGGUUUCAAAAUUUGUACUCAAAUAAUUUCAUGUACUCUGUGGUGGAAGAACUAUUUCAAUUUUCACAGGGCUAUUUUUUUUC